AUGUUGCAGUUUCAUCCUCAAGGAGCUUCUAAACAGACCUGUACUGUUCUUGCUGUUACUUCUGAAACACGUUCUGUUGAGCAGAAGCACCCGCCAAAUCAUAGAAAAUAUCCUUUCCCUGAGUUGGUUUCUUCGGGGCGUCUUGAGGUGCAAACUCUCUGCAAUCCGGAAAAGGAACAAUUUCGUAAAGUUCUUGAAUCAUAUCAGCCUAGUUUUGUCUACUUACAAGGAGAGAAGUUAGCAAACGGGGAAGUUGGUCCAUUGGUUUGGCAAUGUGUGGAAUUAUCCACUCCUGAAGAUAUAUCGAAGCUCUUCGGUACCACAUUGCCGACUGUUGUUUACUUAGAAAUACGAAAUGGAGAAAGUUUUGCGGAGGCCCUUCAUCUUAAGGGCAUCCCAUAUGUUGUAUUUUGGAAGAAUUCCUUUUCUCAAUAUGCUGCCUGCCAUUUUCGUCAAGCAUUUUUUUCAGUGGUGCAGAGUUCAUGUACACAUACAUGGGAUGCUUUCCACCUUGCACAUGCUUCUUUCAAACUUUACUGUGUUCAAAAUAACCAAGUACUUCUUACUGAUAGCAAUGAUGCUGAUAGCGAUAUGGGGCCACACCUUCUUGGUGACUGUCUCAAAAUCAUUGUUGACCCUCCAGAGAUUGGUGAAGAAGAAGAAGAAGACGACGAUGAUGAAGAAAGUUCCUCCAGCAGUCUUCCUUCUAUACAGAUUCAUGAUGAUGAAAUGAACUUGAGAUUUCUCAUCUGUGGUGUACCUUCCACUGUCGACGAGUCAUUGCUGAGAUGUUUGGAGGACGGACUCAGAACUCUAUUAACUAUUGAAAUACGUGGUUGCAAGCUCCAUGGCAAGUAUAGUGCCCCUCCACCACCUCUUCAGGCAGCUUCUUUUUCACGUGGAGUUGUGACCAUGCGAUGUGAUAUAUCAACCUGCAGUUCUGCCCAUAUCUCACUUCUAGUAUCUGGCAGUGCACAAGCCUGUUUUAAUGAUCAGCUCUUGGAGAAUCAUAUAAAAAAUGAGAUAAUUGAGAAGAGUCAAAUAGUUCACGCACAACACAACAACGAAGCAAACAAACAGAUUAUCUCCGAACCUCGCAGAUCUGCUUCAAUAGCUUGUGGAGCAACUAUAUUUGAAAUUACCAUGAGGCUUCCUCAAUGGGCUUUGCAGAUUUUGCGACAGCUAGCACCUGAUGUUUCUUAUCGAAGUUUAGUUGCACUUGGCAUUGCUAGUAUUCAAGGGUUGCCUGUUGCUUCUUUUGAGAAAGAUGACGCGGAGCGCUUACUUUUCUUCUAUCAAAGCUCAGAGAAAGAUGGAUGUGCAAAUGAUAAUAUAGUUUUCAGCAGGCCCCCCAUUUGGUUGAAACCUCCCCCUCCUACAAGAAAGAGAUGCGAAUUAAGCCAAGGGGCUAGCCAUGACAUACACGAUGUGGUCUUCGCAGGGCAGGGUGCUGUAAAAAAAGAAGAUGGAAAGGAAAAGGAUAUGAAAAUGGUGAAUGGGAUUAGUACACCAUUAACUCCAGCUAGGCAGAGAUUAAAAGUAUCUGCAAUGAGGCCAAUUCCUCAUGUUCGUCGUCAUAGAAUGACACCUUUUUCUGGACCUUCUGAGAUAGAUAGUUUCGGUGGUGCCCAUGUUGAAGCUAAUGUGCCACUUGUCCCUAUGAAGCGCAGUAGUAUUGGAACAUCAUCUGCGGCCCAUAGAAAAUCAUUCUCAAGCUCAGCUCAUUCUAAGCAGGUUAUUUCAUUGAAUCCAUUACCGUUGAAGAAACACGGUUGUAGCAGAGGCCCAGUACAGACUUGCUCUGAGGAUGAAUUUAUUAAGGAUGUCAUGGAGUUUCUGAUUCUCCGGGGGCAUAGCCGAUUGAUUCCCCAAGGAGGGCUUUCCGAGUUCCCUGAUGCCAUUCUGAAUGGAAAGCGCCUUGAUCUCUACAACCUAUAUAAAGAGGUGGUCACAAGGGGAGGAUUUCAUGUUGGCAAUGGCAUCAACUGGAAGGGGCAAAUCUUUUCAAAGAUGGGAAAUUACACAUCAACCAAUAGAAUGACUGGAGUUGGAAAUACACUCAAAAGACAUUAUGAAACCUACCUUUUAGAAUAUGAAUUAGCACACGAUGAUGUGGAUGGAGAAUGCUGCUUGUUGUGUCACAGUAGUGCUGCCGGGGAUUGGGUGAAUUGCGGCAUAUGUGGUGAGUGGGCUCACUUCGGCUGUGACAGACGGCAGGGUCUUGGCGCAUUUAAGGAUUAUGCAAAAACAGAUGGGUUGGAAUAUAUAUGUCCUCAUUGUAGUAUUACAAAUUUCAAGAAAAAACAAAGUGUUGCUAAUGGAUAUUCGCAUGGGUCAAUGUCAUCAAGACCCCUUUGA